CGGGAGCUGCCGGGGGCCGGGAAGCAGGAAACACGGGCUGUGCCCGGCCACAAGCCGCUCCUGCUGCGCGGAGGAGGCAGCGACAUGGGCAACCGCUGCAGCCGCGGCCGCCCGCGGAACUGUCUUUCGCUUUUUAAAAGGAAGAAGGAAAAGCAAGGAACUAAUGUGAGACAUGAGAGCCAACAGCACCAGCCUGGCAGGAAGGCUCCAACAUAUGAAAAUGUCCCGGAGUCUCCUGUCUACGCCACUGUGAGUAAACCCAAGAACAUGAAGCAGGACGACAGCAUUCAUUACGCAGACAUCCAGGUGUUCACCAAGGUCCGGGAGCGCUCUGCGGAGGAGGUGAAGAACUUACAGAUGCAGAAUGCCACAGAGUAUGCCACCCUCAACUUCCCCCGGCCCAGGCUGAAAUAUGACAGUAAGAACGGGACCCUGGUUUAAAAAGAUUGGUGCCCCUCUCCUCGUUCAGCAGCAAAAGGAUUUCACAGACUUAGAGAUGCUGUAGACUCGAGCUAACCUCAUGGACACGUCGAGUCUGCCUGCGAAGCAGAGAGGCUGUGUCUUCCACCUGCGUGUGCCUUCAGAGGACAGAGGCGUAUUUAUUCUCACACAAGGAACAGUUACCUGUCUGGUUCUGCUGGCAAAAAAAGCCACCUCUUCCCCUUGGAAAAUCUGCAUUGCCUCUGAAGCAGGCAACCCAUCUCCUCUCAGCCCUGCGAGAAGGCAGAGCUGCUGCUUGGCUGGUGAUGGUUAGAACCACAGCCCGGAGCUGCUGGAGGGUGUUCCAAGAGCGGCUCUGCCGGCGGAUUUGGGAACACGGCACAGAGGAGUCCAUACUGGGACAAGGGAGAUGUUGCCAUGGGAUUUUAUGUUGAUGUUAAGAAAAUUCUGCACUGUGCAGAAUGACAUGUGGAUGAUAUUGGGAGGAAAUUGUAUGGAAGUUUUAAGAGUACCUGCUGCGAUGUUUUCCUCCAACACCAGCCACUGUACACUGCAAUCAUGCACUAUGUGCAUCCCUUUUCUCAAAAAGCAGUGUUUUACAGCCAUGCACAGCACACUGAGACCAAGGCCAGAAAUGCAGAAUUAACUGAAAGGUACAGAACAAUUUCACUGGAGGGCGGUACUGACAGGCAUCCUUACCCCAAGGUGCACAGAAGUGAGCACUGAGCUCUUGGCUCUGACUGGCAAUGAAAGAAGGCAAAUUUGCAGGUUAUCUGCAAGGCAGCCAUUUAAAAGCCACUGCCUAUAUUUAGGGCAGUUAUCUGAUCCUUAGAGUGCAGUAGCUGUUUGCAUGCCUGAGACACUAGGAAUGACUCCUGGCCAACUUCAGAGAGGGCUUUGGACUUUUUCUCCAUGUUUUCUUAUUUUGUAUUGUCAGCCUUAGUUAUAAAACCACGUAACGCAGAGCACAUACCACGUGGUGUUUUCUGCUAAAGCUCCCAAAUACACAUUUGAGAAUUUAUUGGUUUAAAAUAAUGUCAGUACAGCAGCCGUCCAAAAGGCUUCUGCCACUGGACUGAAAUUGACAGUGGCACCAUUGGCAGUUGCAGAGUGCUCCCAAGCAGUGUCCUCAGGCCCUAAAUCAAUGGUUGGCACGUUCUGUUCCUCAGUAAUGGUCUGCAUAGCCAAAUGCAGGUCGUGGAACAACCUGUUUAUUGCCAGUGUUGAAAAAUGGACUUCAUUGUACACUUUAUAAACAUGCAUCAUUUUGCAUAUUAUGGCUUAGCUAAAUGUAAAAAAAACAUGAAGGAGUUCCUGCUCGUUACAAAAAAAAUAAAGCUGGUACGGGUAGUGUGUACU